AUGACAAAGGGGCCACUGGAGACCAAGCUCCAAUUUGAGAAAAAGAACAAAGACCUUAUCAGACUUCCAAAAUAUGCCAAGGUGGAGAAGCGGCCUAUACCUCAUGCGCCAGUCGCCUCCCCGUAUGCUGGCGCAUCGGUACCCAAGAUUGUCUAUGUCUCUAAGACCACGCCGUUCAUGAGCGCCGUCAAGCGCGUCCAGAAACUCCUCCUGCAGGCCGAGAAGCGCGCCACCGCAAACAUCAACCUUGAGGACACGCGCAAGAACGAAAAACAGAUCCUCGAAGAGCUGUCGAAGGUGUCAGAGAAGCGAGAGGAAGUUUUUGUGAAGGCGACAGGACGGGCUAUCGAGAAGGCGCUGAACGUAGCCAAAUGGUUCGAGGAAAAGGGAACCGAGUACACCGUCCGCGUCAAUACUGGGAGUGUGGUUGUCGUGGAUGAUAUCGUCGAGGACGAAGAAAUGAAAGCAAAGGAGGAACAGAAACGACAACGGCAGGAAGAGCAAACCCCAACUAACCAGGGAGAUGCGGGUUCUAAGCCGGAAUCCAAGUCGGCCGCAAAGAAGAGGAAACGCCAGGCCGCAGCAGCAGAAAAUGACACUGAGCUCCCCGAGAGCCGGACGAGGUGGAUCAAAAUGGUGGAGGUCGCCGUCAGCCUCAAGUGA